AUGAAUCUACUUUUGCCAUUAGACAAGAGAGCUGUUGACGAUAUUCAAAAGCUGCGAGAAUCGCAUUUGGAGCGUAAGUUCGUGGUUUUCGAUGAGGACCUAAGAAUCUUCUUUCAAUUGGAUCCCAACGUUGUGAUCGAGACAAUCCAGGUUUAUAUCAACGAAGCGUGUGUUUACAGCAGCGCAGGGCCCGGGGAAAGUCUGGAAAAGCAUGAGAACGGGCUACAAGAGCUCCGCACAUCGGUGAUCGAUGACUACAUAUUUCAAUCCAAUAUGGUAAUGAACAAUGGUCAUAAGAACCAAUUGCUGAUCAAAGCAGACUAUGCAAUCCAAGAAUCUCACGAAGACGCUGAAACGCAAACUGUAUACUCUCUGGUCGGCUCAGAGCCAUUGCUGCCGAGCUUUGAGCCGCUGGGAACGGUUUGGCCAACUAAUUCAGUGGACGAGAAACCGUCGAAAUCCGAGCUUCACACAGUGGAAAUUGUGUACCCAAUCCACACGCUGCUUAAUGUAAGGCUUCGUAAUGUGACUCUCCCCGCCAAGCAAUGUAUUUUUUCUUCUCUGGACUUGCAAACGUCCAAAUCGUGUCAAAGCGUUAUGAGCCAGUACAACCUGCAAGAAUUUAAGAUCGUGAUGAAGGAAAUCGAUUAUCGUUUACUCCACAACUACUCCAGCGCGUCUGUGAAGCCCUUGUUCUGCGUGGAGCCCGAUCUAAUGCUCGAAAUGUGGGACAGUUAUAGUAUAAACUACGCUUUGCCGCAGACCAAAGGACUAAAGUCCCAUCGUGUGCGCGUGUCGCUUCGAUACGAAGUGCUGGGUCCAUCUUUCCAAUUUCUGAUCCAAACCGCGUGGGAAACCGACGUCACACUGCGAAGACAAAACGGAACUUUGAACUUGGCCUCCCAGCCGACGUCAGUGAUGUCCACCCCCAUGCAUACUCCGUCGAUGAAAUUCGCAGGUUCCAUGAGCUCUCUUGUGGCUACAGACAAGCUUGACGGGGUCAGUUUCCAGUUUCUCGCGCAGAAACCCAGAUUUGAGCUGGGUGCCAAGUUUUCCCUGCCCUUGCAGAUAAUCAAUCACUCGCAGACGCCGCUGGACCUCGUAGUUUACUGCGCCAAUACGGCAAUCGAGCCACAGGGCCAAUUCCCGGUCGAGAAAGAAUACAUGUUGCAUAAAAGAUGGAUGAAAAAUACUCAAUCCAUCGUUCUGCUGUCCAAUGACCGCAGACUGCCCACCGUACCACCGUCCGAGACGUUGUGUGUGGAAUUGGACUUUUUCGCCAUUCUUCGCGGUUACUUCCAUGGUAUUCCAGGACUCAGGGUACUGGAUCUUGUUUCACAAGAGGUAAGAAGCAUUGGAAGCGGCGUCAAGAUACUGAUAGACUGA